AUGAACGCGCCGCCGGCCUUUGAAUCGUUCUUGUUGUUUGAGGGGGAAAAGAAAAUAACAAUCACCAAGGACACAAAGGUACAAAAUGCCUGUUUGUUCACUAUAAACAAGGAAGAUCAUACCAUUGGAAAUAUCAUUAAAUCGCAACUGCUAAAAGAUCCCCAGGUGCUGUUUUGCAGGGUACAAAGUGCCUCAUCCCCUGGAGCAUAAAAUUGUUAUUCGUGUUCAAACCACACCUGAAUACAGUCCUCAAGAGGCUUUUACCAAUGCUAUCACAGACUUGAUAAGUGAACUGUCUCUUUUUGGAGGGAAAGAUUUCGGGUUGCCAUUAAAGACAAACAAGAAGGAAUUGAAUGA